AUGGCCUAUAAUUACUAUAACCCCAACCAGAGCUCUUAUGGCGCGGAUUCCGGGAACUCUGGGGGAGGCAGUGAAGAGCCAGUCUUUUCAAUGCAGCCUCAGGCUCACCCCACAUGUGCUAUACCAAGCGAUGAGGUAUUGGUAAAGUCGUUUUAUAAGCAGCUGCUUAAAGAUAGGUGGGAACUGCGCUAUAAACCAAAUCACGAUUCCCCAGACGAAUAUAUUCUACCUCGUAGUCUUACGGGAAAUAAGCUGUGGAUCCAGCGUAAGACGGCCUUCUUCAGAGCCCACAGAGAUAUCUCAGAAGACGAAGUCUACAUCGCCAACAGGAGGAGCUUCUUACGUUGGAUCGAACAGAGAUUCCGGCCUGCCACAGCCGGGAUCUGUGGCGCAACUGAAGAUCUCUGCUUCAUCGUUGGGAAUUACGUCUUCUGGGUUGAUCCGGCCGCGGUGGCACCACAACCUUCAUUCAAUACUGGCGUCCAGCCAAGUUUGGACUCUAGUUACUACGGAGGUGGGUAUUAUCCGGGUAGCAGCCGCUAUUACAGGGGAAGCUCCGCUGGAAGGGCGUAG